GAUAAACUCUGUGGAGUUUCGGCGUCAGUCUGCGCAGUCACCAGCAGGGGCGCUGUUUCCCCCCUCCACGUCCCUGCGAUCCGGGCGAACCAACCGAGCGAGUUCUCGCGAUAUUUCCCCCCCAUCAGUGCUGACGUCUCGCGAUACUUCGGUGGCGUUACCCCAUUUUCCAACCUUCCCUCUCGGUCGCUCGGAUUUUCGGCUCCAGCGGAGAAGCGCCGCAAAGAGGCUGAGGCGACAGAACGGGUCCGGAGCCGGAGGAGAGGCCGAGACAUCGACUUCCAGGGUCCGGGACACACGUCAACACACAACGAGCGGCUUCCCCCGGGGUUUCAUCAUGGAGGCUGAACUAUGAGGUGUUGUGUAGCUGCAGACGACUGAGUGAACCAUGGCACAGUUCCCCACCACAUUCACAGGUCCAGAUGUGUUUCUGAUCUCAGUGGAUGAGAGAGCCAAGUAUGAUCAGCAGUUUCACAGCCUCUCUCCGACUGCAGGGGGUUACAUCACAGGCGACCAGGCCAGGAACUUCUUCCUCCAAUCAGGCCUACCCCCUCCUGUCCUGGCCCAAAUCUGGGCUCUGGCUGACAUGAACAGUGAUGGUCGAAUGGAUAUCUACGAGUUCUCUAUCGCCAUGAAACUCAUCAAGCUGAAACUCCAGGGUCACCCGCUGCCCCCUUCACUCCCUCCCAGUAUGAAACAACCCCCCCUGCCUUUACCCCCACAGACCGGCUUCGGCAUGCCCCCCAUGCCCCCGAUGGCUUCCAUCCCAGUUCCUCUUUCAGCCGUGCCCCCUCUACCCCUACCCCCUCUGCCCGUCGGUGUGUCUCCCCCACUGGUCUCAUCUGCCCCGCCUCCCCUCCCCCAGCCCAUCGCAAAUGGAGCUCCUCCCACAGGCAUGAUCCAGCCCAUCUCAGGCUUCUCCCACCCAGCUCAACCUGUCAACAAGUCAACUUCAUUCAACCGUUCCAGUACUAAGCUGCAGAAGGGAUCAUCAUUUGAUGCUGCUGGCAGUCAGCCCCCCUGUGAUUGGGCUGUUCCUCAGUCCUCAAGGCUGAAGUACAGACAGCUUUUUAAUUCACACGACAAGAUGAUGAGUGGACACCUCACAGGUCCACAGGCUCGCACUAUCCUGAUGCAGUCUAGUCUUCCUCAGGGCCAGUUGGCCACAAUAUGGAGUCUGUCAGAUAUCGACCAGGAUGGAAAACUGACGGCUGAGGAGUUCAUCUUGGCCAUGCACCUCAUCGAUAUGGCCAUGUCAGGGUUACCGCUGCCCCCUGUGUUACCACCAGAUUACCUCCCACCCACAUUCAGGCGUGUGCGAAGCGACAGUGUUCAGUCGGACCAGAAGAGCGUUCAGGAGGAAAUAGAGGAGGAGACUGAGAGCAGCCAAGAUAAGAAACUACCAGUGACAUUUGAGGAUAAGAAGAGGGAAAACUUUGAGCGAGGAAACCUGGAGUUGGAGAAGAGACGUCAAGCUCUGCAGGAGCAACAGAGGAAAGAGCAGGAGCGACUGGCUGCUCUGGAGAGAGAGGAACAGGAGAGGAAGGAGCGUGAACGUCUCGAGCAGGAGAGGAGACGACAACAGGAACUGGAAAAGCAGCUGGAGAGACAGAGAGAGUUGGAGAGGCAUAGAGAGGAGGAGAGACGCAAAGAGAUCGAGAGAAGAGAGGCUGCUAAACGUGAAUUAGAGCGUCAGCGUCAGUUGGAGUGGGAGCGACAACGACGGCAGGAGCUUCUGACUCAAAGGAACCGAGAGCAGGAGAGUAUAGUGCUGCUCAAAGCCAGGAAGAAGACCCUGGAGUUCGAACUUGAGGCUCUGAAUGAUAAGAAGACCCAGCUGGAGGGCAAACUGAAGGACGUUCGCUUCCGUCUGUCAGCUCAGCGGAGAGAGGUGGAGCAGACCAAUCAGACGAGAGAAACACGCAUCGCCGAAAUCACCCUGUUACAACAGCAGCUGCAGGACUCACAGCAGUGGCUCGGGAGGCUAAUUCCUGAUAAACAGAGUCUCAAUGAUCAGUUGAAACAGGUUCAACAGAACAGUUUGCACCGUGACAGUCUGUCAUCCCUGCAGAAGGCUGUGGAGCAGAAGGAAACCAGCAGAGAGCAGCUCAGAGAGCAGCUGGAUGCUGUGGAGAGAGAGACGAGGGCCAAACUGCUGGAAAUAGACGCGUUCAACACUCAGCUGAAGGAGCUGCGGGAGAUCCACAGCCGGCAGCAGCGACAGAGACAGAGAGAGCUGGAGGGAGACACACACACACUGACACACACACACUCUCACAUACACACUCCGAUCGAGAGGAAGUCUGUUGAGCUGCACGAGAGCAGGUUGUCUUCAGACGAAGGUGUCUCCUGGAGGGAUGAAGCAGGAAUCUCUGCCCCCAACCCUCCGAGCCCAACCUCCAUCUCUGCCCCUGAUGCCUGGCUGAACAGAGUGACUCAGGAGGAGGAGGAGAGGAAGAGGAGAGGAAUGGAGGAAGAAGAAGAAGGCCGGAAGAGUGCAGGAUCAGCAGAAGAGAAAGAGGACGAGGGAAGAAGCAAGAAGGACAUGCAAGAUAAAUUAAGCAAGCUGUUCGGUCAGCCGGCUGACCCCUGGGCUUCAUCAGUGGAGAAAACUCCAGGACCCAGUCUCUUUGACCAGAAGACAGUCGUCAGCGGCUUCGACCAGCAGCAGCAGAAUCAGAAUCAGCAGCAGAAUCAGAAUCAGCAGAAUCAGAAUCAGCAGCAGAAUCAGAAUCAGCAGCAGCAGCCCCCUGUGAAGGUGGUGUACUACAGGGCUCUGUAUCCAUUUGAUGCUCGCAGCCAUGAUGAGAUCAGUAUCGCUCCCGGAGACGUAAUCAUGGUGGACGAGUCUCAAACAGGUGAACCCGGCUGGCUGGGCGGAGAGCUCAGGGGGAGGACGGGUUGGUUUCCAGCUAAUUACGCAGAACGGAUACCAGACAGUGAAGCACCGAUCAGCCUGCGCUCCACAGCCUCAGUCACACCCACGUCUGCCCAGCAGCCAAUGUCAACACCUCCUCCGGCACCUGGACACGCCCCCUCAUCCUCCGCCAACAGUAACUGGGCCGACUUCAGCACAACUUGGCCGUCAAAUACAGCCAGCCAAUCAGACAGCGAGGGUUGGGACGCGUGGCCGACCUCUUCAACCAGUCAGAAUCCAUCGCUCAGUGUUCCCUCGGCGCAACUACGGCAACGCUCUGCCUUCACACCUGCUACCAUGACAACAGGCUCCUCCCCCUCACCUGUGCUGGGACAGGGGGAGAAGGUCGAGGGUCUUCAGGCUCAGGCUUUGUAUCCCUGGAGAGCAAAGAAGGACAACCACCUCAACUUCAACAAAAAUGAGAUAAUAACAGUGUUGGAGCAGCAGGACAUGUGGUGGUUGGGUGAACUGCAGACUGGACAGAGAGGCUGGUUCCCCAAAAGUUACGUGAAGCUCAUCUCCGCCACCGUGACAGCUCCUGUCGUCGCCACAGCACGCAGCAAAAACACCAGUGAGUCCGGUGUAUCAGAGAGUCCGCCCAAUGGAAAACGACCCACCCCUUCCCCAACAAAACCCUCCGAGUCUGGUGAAGAGUACGUGGCCAUGUACACGUACGAGAGCAGUGAACAAGGCGACCUGAGUUUCCAGCAGGGAGAUAUCGUCAUGGUGACCAGGAAAGAAGGAGAUUGGUGGACAGGCGUGGUCAGCGGCAAAACGGGAGUCUUUCCAUCCAAUUACGUUAAACCUCGAGACUCUGCAUCAGAAUCUUUGGGACCAGCAGGGAAGACGGGCAGCUUGGGAAAGAAACCAGAGAUCGCUCAGGUGAUCGCCCCCUACAGUGCUACAGGGGCAGAGCAGCUGACGUUGGCUCCUGGGCAGCUCAUCCUCAUCAGGAAAAAGAACCCAGGGGGCUGGUGGGAGGGUGAGCUCCAGGCUCGGGGGAAAAAGCGCCAAAUAGGUUGGUUUCCCGCCAAUUACGUGAAGCUGCUCAGUCCCAGCACCAGUAAGACGACGCCCACAGAGCCGACGCCUCCUAAACUGGCUCCGGCCAGCACAGCUGUGUGUCAGGUGAUCGGCAUGUACGACUACCUGGCGCAGAACGACGACGAGUUGGCCUUCCAGAAGGGUCAGGUGAUCACAGUGCUCAACAAGGACGACUGUGAUUGGUGGAAAGGAGAGCUCAACGGGAAGGAGGGUCUGUUUCCCAGCAACUACGUCAAACUCACCACGGAUACUGACCCGAGCACGCAGUGAUCAUAUCAUUACCCAGAACCCCCCUCUCCUCAAAGCCCUCAAAGAGACCCACUAGGCCACGCCCACUAGGCCACUCAACCAAUGGGACAGCUCCAAGAGGUCACAUGACCCGGAAAUGGCGACUCUCCACCAAUAGAAGCCAGAGAGAGACAGACAGACUGUAACGUUUAAGCGCCCUCUGGUGGCGAGAACUCUGUCUAUGCAUGGCUCUGACUGGACUUGGCCAAACUCUGUUUAUCUGAGGCUCUGGCUCCAAACAGCACUGUUCAACAGGAGGAGAUCAAUAGUCAGGACUCCUCUCCAACUUUCCUCUCCUCCUCCUCCCUCUCUCUCGUCCUCUCGUCUUCUGUUUUCCCUCUUUUCUUUCCUGGCUCCUUGUCUCUGUCGCUUGGAAGGUGCUAAGUUAAGGAGGGAAGGAAGAAAGGAGGAGAGGAAAAGAGGAGACGAGACUAUUGAUCUCCUCUCUCCCAGAUUGGACUGAUGUUUUACCUGUACACACACACACACUCACACACACACUCACACACACACACUCACACACACACACACACACACACACACACACGUUAGCUCGUUCAGUGGAUAGUGGGUCAUUUUGUGGCUUCAUGGGAGAAUCUGUCAUUAGCUCAGCUCCUCCCUCCUCUUUGUUUUUUUUCAACCUCGCUCCCAUUGGUUCAGCGGCUUCAUCCAACCUGUCAGUCACAAGUGAUGGCCCCGCCCCUCACUAACCCCUCCCACAGCUUCACAGAACGACCCACUAUCUGCUGGAGGGCGGGUCUCAAUAAAGUCUUUCACUCUC